GACUAUGACGAACAGCAACUCCCCCACACUUCAACUCUGACCUCAAGGAUUUGCAGAGAAACAGUGAGUGAGAGAGAGAGGAGGAGAGAAAGAAGCAGAGGGAGAGGGCUAGAGGACUUCUUGUUCUAGUCAGUCAGUCGGAGCUCUUCAAGUAGAGAGACAGUCUUGGUAAGCUUAAGCAAAGCCACUAACAAGUCAACUCGUAGCAACAGUGUACGGAGAAUCUAUGCUUUUCUUUGCAUCAAUACUCUUCCGAAGGCAAUGUGAAGUGACUGAAGAGAAAAGAGAGAAGAAAAACAAUCUACUGCCUACACAGAGAAGCCAGUUGCACAGGCAGAAGUCAGACCAGUGCAAUAAGCAAAGCACUGAAAAAAGGGAAAAGAGCAGAUAAAGAACAAAGCGAAAAACAGGGAGAAAACUAAGUAAGGAGCAAAAUCCGAGAGUCAAGCUGCAGCCAGCCGGAGCCAGUGGAAUGGACCUAGGUGCCAGUUGGAUUAAUCCCCGCGUACCUGCAGUGUUGUCUGAGGAAGAGGGCUGAGGAUCUGCUGCAACGACAACAAACUCCUGAAUGAGGAUGAAUGGUGAUGUUCUUUAGCUAAGCUUCAAGAAAACACUCUUGCCAAAUCCACCUCUGUGUGAGCUGGGACAGCAUAAGCUAACAGCUGGAGGAGGAGGAGGUGGUGGCGGAGGAGGUGGAGGAGAGGAGCCAGGGGGCCCAGAGCACUGCUGGUGCUACUGCCCCAGAGGAGAGGCACGGUAGCGGGCAGGACACUGAGGACGAACAGGGUCCAGAGGAGGGACACGAGGGAGGGGGCGAGGUGGCGGGUGUCAGGCGUCGCAUGGCCGUGCAGAGGCUGGUGGCAGCGGCGGUGGCAGUAGCCCUGCUGUCCCUGGUCCUAAACAAUGUUGCAGCUUUCACCCCCAGCUGGGUCCUGCAAGCUCUGGAGGACGGACGCAAGCGGAGUGUGGGACUAUGGAGGAUGUGCCCCACUGGUGGGGAAAGGGUCCGUGAUGACCUCCAGGCUGGGAGAAGAGGGCAAGGGACACAGAGGCAGUGUGAAGGCCUUGGAUGGGGCUCCGAGUAUGCAGGCUACCAAGAGUCUCGCAGCACUGUCAAAUUGCAGUUUGACAUGAUGCGAGCAUGUAACCUGAUGGCGACUGUGGCCCUGACUGCUGGUCAGCUGAUUUUCCUUCUAGGCCUGAUGGAGCUGCCUUUCAUCACGCAGGAAUCACAAUGGUGGGAGGAGGCCAUCGCUGCACUCUUCCAGCUAGCCAGUUUUGUGCUGGUGAUUGGACUUGUGACCUUCUACAAGAUCGGGCCCUACACACACCUUUCCUACUCCUGCUACUUGGAAAUAGCUGCUUGCCUGCUGGCCGCAAUGGCUGCGGCCAUGCUUAUCUGGAACAUUUUACACCGCCGUGACGACUGCCUCGCACCUCGAGUUAUAAUCAUCAGUCGCUCACUGGCGUCAUCUUUCCACCCACGCCUAGACAAUGACUACGUGGAGUCACCUUGUUGAGCCAUGUAACCUCACAAGCCAAGCCAAUAAGGAGCAAUAGACUGCCCUGACAAGACUGUGCACUCAACUAUCCAUGUUUUACUCCAGCUGUUGCCUCACAAGAGAAGAGGACAUUCCUGUGGCUCUACAAUGGCUGGACUGACAUGUACCUGCAAUUGUACAACUCUAUAUUUCACAACUCCUCCCACCAUAAACAAAGAUAUAAGAAUUAUUUUGCUGCUUAGUACAUAAACGUCACAGAUUUAAGAUUUAAAUUUAAUGUAUAAAGCAGCCCUAAACUUCCAAACAAAUUCAAAUAUUGUAUAAUGUUUCAUUUAUUCAUGUUUGGAUGAGCUAAUUGGUAGCGAAACAUGGAAUUUGGACUAGGACUGUCUUAUAUGAAACAUCCCUCUUAUGAAAAGAUCAAGCUGGAACUUGACCUAUUUUGUUAUAUGUGCACUUAUUAAAAUUGCCUCCUGCAUAAUUAUAAAUUGGAAAUUAUGAAAGAUGUUGAAAAUAUAAUACCAGAAUACCUCAUAUUUGUUUUCAUCCUUUUAAAGCUUAUUACAAUUUUAAUACAUAUUAAUGUAAAUGAUAUAUGUUGCAAGUAAGUAGGUAAACUAACAAGGUAAAAGCAGAAGAGUCAGUCAACCUCAGCAUACAUUUUGAUUGGGCUUACCGAAAUAAGCUGCAAUAUUUAAUUUUGAAACAGCCAAUGAGAGGUGAUAUUUGAUCAAAUUAACACUUACCUACUCAAAGACAUCAGGAAAUAUUCUUGCUCUGAGUCACUGCCACAUAAUUUUUUUUCCUCUCAAAAAAAGAAAAAUAGAAAAGACAAGUGACUUGCCAAUUAAUGUAUGUCAACUGAUUUGGAAUUUUUAAGCAGUAUUUGUUAAAUUGAUGGUAACAAAUGUUUUGGCGAUGUACUGCAUUUUGAAAUGACAUACACAUAAUUUUUCACAAUGCUUUCCUUUUGAAACUGCUCGCUUGUGGUACAUACUGUAUUCUUAAAUUAAUAUAAUAUAGUUGUGUAAAGAAUAGUGCUAUCAUUAGUAGUAGUAUUAUUGUGACCAUAUCAUACUUCUGCAAAGGACUCCAGGCUAUCUCUGGGUCUUCCACAUUGCCAAAAAUAUGGGCACAUUAAAAUAAUAAUAUAUCAUAUAAAUUCAAUAAAUUGAUUGGUAAAUAUUCAAACACAGUGGUUGUUGCUGUUGCUGUUUUGGUGUCCGACACUACACCUGAAAAAUGGACAAUACAGAACUUCAUUAAGCUAAAUUUACAAAUAUUAUAUCACAGAUAUUUGUUCCCAAUGAACUUCCAUGUUUAACCCUCAAGAUUUGAUAAGAGUGCAUAACUAGAGUGCUUAUCUAGAUUAAUUUUCAGUGAGAGAACUGGAAGAAUAAUUUUAAAUACUGCCAUCAUCAUAAGUAAACUGACCCGAUCUUGCCGGGUGAAAGAUGAAACAAAUACUGCCACUAUCUUCUGUGAAGAUGCAUAUAAAUUUCUAUACUUUGAUGAUGAUGCUAUGAAUGAUGGUACUAGUUUCUUUGAUGGACUAACAAUGGAGAAGAACUGCAAUGGUUUCAUGCAGGGAAUUACAUACUUUCCAAUGACAAAUCGCAUAAACUGAGAGCAUGAUGGUUACGUGAGCCACAGCCAAUUAUGAUGACUACAACAUCAUAAAUCAGUCUUCGCUUCAACCUGAACACUUUCUUGGGUGUUUUAGUUCCUGAUGAAAAGGGGAAUUUUACUUUUAAAUACCAAAUGUAAUGGCAAAAAGACAGUAAGAGAAGGCUUGCAUUCAUAUGGGCAGAUAACCGUGCAACAUGUCACCUAAAGUCAAGGACAACAUGAAUGAGAGGAAGUAGCACAGUCUGGACUGAAUAAAGAAAUUCCAACCUGUAUCUGACACGCUUUGGGAGAGGCACUUUCACACUGAAAAUAUCUGUUUUGGAUAAAGUGAAUUAAAACUGUCAGAAUUUUCUCUGCUUUAUUCAGAAUAUCCAAUGAAUAGGCUGAUUAAAGCCCUAUUGAUAUAGAAUUUCCAACACUCCAAAAGAUAUUUUAUUUUGUGACCUCAAAUACAUGUAAGUGACGAAAUAAGGUAGACUCCUGGAUCGCAAACGAGUAUCAGACUUAAGUGUUAGAACUUUUGC